AGUGUGCGGUUUAGGACGCAGCCACAGAGCGAGCGCGAGCACCUGGGCGACGUCACUCCGCCCCACUCCGUCCUUGUAAGAGCUUCACUUCCUUCAGCGCCUCACAACGAGGAAACACACGGAGGGGGACAGAGGACUCUUGUGAACCAGAGGUUGUUUGUGUCACCAUGGCCCCCUUCCUGAGGAUCACCUUUAAUGCCUAUGAAUUUGCUGUUCUGUCUCCAGUGGCUGAAGCACCAUUUUGUGCAGUCAAGCUAAAAGAAUCGCUCAGCACAGAUCGAGGGAAGACUCUGAUUCAGAGGAAGCCUACCUUGUUUCCUGCUUGGCGCGCCAGCUUUGAUGCACAUAUCUAUGAAGGACGUGUCCUCCAGGUUCUACUUAUGCGCACUGCUGAUGAGCCCUUAGCUGAAGUCACACUUGGUGUAUCUGUUCUAGCAGAGCGGUGCAAGAAAUCCAGUGGGCGCUCAGAGUUUUGGGUUGACCUGCAACCUUCAGGAAGAGUGAUGAUGUCUGUUCAGUAUUUUCUGGAAGAUACAGACACAGAGUCUUAUCAGUCGGCUGGGACAUUGGAAGAAGCUCCGAAUUUAAAUCGGCGUCGUGGGGCCAUUAAGCAGGCCAAAAUUCACUUCAUCAAAAACCACGAGUUCAUCGCCACCUUCUUUAGACAACCCACUUUUUGCUCUGUGUGCAGAGACUUCGUCUGGGGAUUGAACAAGCAAGGAUACAAGUGUAGACAAUGCAAUGCAGCUAUUCAUAAGAAGUGUAUUGAUUUAAUCAUUGGCAGGUGCACUGGCACAGCAGCCAACAGUCGUGACACAGUGUUUCAGAAGGAGCGCUUUAAAAUUGACAUGCCACACCGCUUUAAGUCCUACAAUUACAUGAGCCCCACUUUUUGUGACCACUGUGGAAGUCUGCUGUGGGGUCUUGUCAAGCAGGGACUAAAGUGUGAGGACUGUACUAUGAAUGUACAUCAUAAGUGCCAAGCUAAAGUGGCCAACCUUUGUGGAAUCAACCAGAAACUAUUGGCUGAGGCUCUCACUCAAGUGGGCCAGAAAUCCACAAAGAAGCCUGAAUCCAACACACAGGAUAGUGGGCUGUACCAGGACUUCACCAAAAACCCAGGAACUGAUGUUAAUGAUGGUCCUCUGUAUGGUCGUAUCUGGGAUGGUUCAAGUCCUCAACCUUCAUCUCGGAUCACAUACCAAACGUGCAUCACAGCUGAGCACUUCACCUUUCAUAAAGUCCUGGGAAAGGGGAGCUUUGGCAAGGUGUUUUUGGCUGAGUUAAAGAGUGAUGGGGAAUGGUUUGCAGUAAAAGCCUUGAAGAAAGAUGUGGUGUUGAUGGAUGAUGAUGUAGAAUGCACCAUGGUGGAAAAGCGGGUGCUGUCUCUGGCCUGGGAUAAUCCAUUCCUCACACACCUCUACUCAACAUUUCAGACCAAGGAACACUUAUUCUUUGUCAUGGAGUAUUUGAACGGAGGAGACCUGAUGUUUCAUAUACAGGAAAAAGGACGUUUUGACCUCUACAGAACCACAUUCUAUGCAGCUGAAAUUGUGUGUGGACUACAGUUCCUGCAUGGAAAAGGCAUCAUCUACAGGGAUCUGAAAUUGGAUAAUGUAAUGCUAGAUGGAGAGGGUCAUAUAAAGAUUGCUGAUUUUGGCAUGUGUAAGGAGAAUGUCUUUGGAGACAAUUUUGCCACGACAUUCUGUGGAACCCCAGACUACAUUGCCCCAGAGAUAUUAUUAGGUCAGCAGUAUACAUUCUCUGUGGACUGGUGGUCAUUUGGUGUCCUGGUGUACGAGAUGCUGAUUGGUCAGUCCCCUUUCCAUGGCAGUGAUGAGGAUGAACUAUUUGAGUCAAUUCGCAUAGACACGCCUCAUUACCCUCGCUGGAUCACAGUGGAAACCAGAGAUAUGCUUGAGCGGUUGUUUGAGCGGGACCCAUGUCAUCGUUUGGGUAUUGUGGGUAAUAUCCGAGCUCAUCCAUUCUUUAAGACUGUCAACUGGUCUGCUUUAGAGAAGAGAGAAAUUGAACCCCCUUUCCGGCCACAAGUGAAAUCUCCCAGUGACUGCAGUAACUUUGACCGAGAGUUUUUAAGUGAGAAGCCUCGCCUCUCUCACUGUGAGAAAGGUUUGAUUGACUCAAUGGACCAGAGUGCUUUUGCUGGUUUCUCAUUCAUUAAUCCCAGAAUGGAGCUCCUCCUGCAGAAGUGACAAACGACACACAUCUCCACCGCUUAGCAUGGGAGGAAAAUGUCUAAUAUUAUCAUCAUGUUAAUAUUUAGAGCCAGUAUUUUUCUGUUACAAACAGGUCCACUAGCUCUUCUUUCUCAGAAUAAAGAUUUUCUGACAGAAAGAUUUUAAACACUGAAGCAUUACAUCACAUUCCUUCAUUAAGAUUGGUGGUGUAAAGGUAAUAACUAGACCUCCAAUGUAGGUAAUCCAAUUUUUAGAACUCUGUUACAAAUUCUAAGCCUACAUAGUAUUAUUCAAAUAGUUUUUGUGUUAAUAGUAACCCAUUUAUUACUAAAUUAAUCGUGUAGAUAAACAGAAGCAAGGCUAGAUGUUUCAAAUGAAUAUAAAAGUAAAUAGAAAGAAAGAGAAAAGGACACGAGAGAGCACUUAGAUUAUAUUAUAUGUGAAGGUGUGCUUCUGAGGUUGUCUCGCAGUGUUGUAUGACAUUGUGCUGUACAUUUGUAAGGCUGUUCUCUACAUCCAUGUGUAUAUGGUGUAUGUAAUGUGCAAACAAAUUCAGUCCUUUUGUCUGUGUGCAUUGUUUAGGACUAAAGUAAUUAAACCAUGGAUUUUAAUAUGUAUAUUAAUCAAGCAUGUUUGAUCUUUAUAUAAGCAUGAAUAAAUUAAGAUGAUGUACAUACUGUAUAUCUGGUAAAGGUGCACUUGGCUUGAUGCAUAUGCAUAUUAUUGCUUUUAAGUUAUGUAUAUUAUCUGCCAUUAAACAGGAGUACACGAUCAAACGUA